AUGGGUCUGUUUGUGGCGACUGAUCCGAAACACGCCGGACGGACAACGCUCGAUGAACACCCGAACGAGGAACGCAUUGUCGGUGGUGUUCCGGUGGACAUUCGUGACUUCCCGUACCAGGUGUCGCUGCGCCGCGGGAGACAUUUUUGCGGUGGAUCAAUCAUCGACGAACGGUGGAUACUGACCGCCGCCCACUGCACCAGUGCCCGCAACCUGUGGAUUCACGCAGGUUCCGCGCACGUUAAUGAGGGUGGCCAGUCGAUCAAAGUGAGGCGCAUCUUGCAACACCCGAAGCAGAAUUCCUGGAGCGAUUAUGACUUUUCACUGCUCGAGCUGGACCGGACGCUGAACUUCAGUGACUCCGUGCAGGCCGUCGUCUUGCGGAGGCCACCGAAGGAAGGUGACUCCGAAUCACAGCCGCUACCGGAUGGAACGUCGUGUAAGGUUUCCGGCUGGGGCAACACACACAACCCGGACGAGUCGGCACUGGUGUUGCGAGCGGCCAGAGUUCCGCUGGCCAACCACCAGCGAUGCAGUGAGGUGUACGAGGGCUUUGGCAGUGUUACGGACAGCAUGAUUUGCGCCGGCUACGAAGAAGGUGGUAAGGACUCGUGCCAGGGCGAUUCUGGAGGACCGCUCGUGUGUGGAGGGCAGUUGACCGGAGUCGUUUCGUGGGGAAAGGGAUGUGCCGAGCCGGGGUACCCGGGAGUAUAUGCCAAGGUGUCGGAAGCGUACGAUUGGAUCGAACAGACGUUGGCAGAUGCGUUCGACCGGACCGUGGAAAGCGCAACCAUUUAA